AUGGCCCGGCACGUAUUCCUCACGGGGCCCCCAGGAGUUGGAAAAACAGCGUUGGUCCAGAAAGCCAGUAAGAUUUUAAAAUCCUCUGGUGUGCCUGUCAAUGGAUUUACGCAAAAGUCAGACAGGGAGGAAAUAGGAUUCAACGUUGUCACAUCAUCCUGCACGCAGGAAGUUUGGUCUAGAAUUGGGUCAGAGCCUCUGCCUGGAAAACGCCAGUGCAGAGCUCGGCAGUACGUGGUGUAUCUGACUCCCUCGGAGCAGUCGCCACUUCCGGUCUUGAGGAACGCAGGUCCCAGCAGAGACCCAGGGCAGAGGGUGUGUGUCAUGGAUGAGACUGGGAAAGCAGAACUGCUCAGUCAGCCUUUCGUCCAGGCUGUUCGUCAGACGUUGUCCACCCCAGGAGUGUGUAGUUCUGGGCACAAUCCCACAACUAAAGGAAAGCCGCUGGCCUUCGUGGAAGAGCUGAGAAACAGGUAA